GCAGCAUUUGCUAACGCCAUUUAAAGAUGGCUGCCUUGUUGUUGGCGACUGUUGGGCGCUUGUUUGGAAAUUAAUGUUUAUUUCUUUGUAUUAUUAUGAGUUCAAUUGAUUAUUUUUUCGUCAUUGUGAAGAUAAACGCAUGAUUUAGUUAAUUGGUAGUUAACCCGGGCGCUGCCCCAACAGUCACCCUCAAGGAGAGCCUUCAAUGACCCAUCUAGCUUAAGCCUUCUUUACGAUAAGUUCAACUUUAAUUAGGCAAGAUGUGGCCCGCACCGCAGUAUUCGCACACCAACCAGCCCAAGUCCAAUGAGCAUCAGAACCAGCAGAACUUGAAGACGCUGGGGAUGACCUCUGCGAUUUCCAUGGCAGGUCCAAAACCGAUCGACAUCGAAAAGACGAACGAACUUAAAGAAGCCCUCGUUCCGUUCGGAGUCUUCGAAUCUGACGCUGAAAUGGACCACCGCAUGGAAGUGCUUGGAGCGCUACAUAGGCUUGUGAGGCAGUGGAUACGGGAUGAGAGUAUGAGGAAGAAUAUGCCCCCAAAUGUUGCUGAUACUGUUGGUGGGAAUAUAUACACAUUCGGAUCCUACAGACUUGGGGUCCACCACCGCGGCGCCGAUAUCGACGCGCUCUGCGUGGCGCCGCGACACAUUGACCGGACAGACUAUUUUCAGUCGUUCUACGAACUCCUACGCCAGCAGCCACAGGUUCGAGACUUGCGUGCGGUCGAAGACGCUUUUGUGCCAGUCAUCAAAAUGAACUUUAACGGUAUCGAGAUAGAUCUGCUAUUUGCCCGGCUCGCUCUCAAGGAGAUACCAGAUUCCUUCGACCUUCGAGACGACAUGCUCCUCAAGAACCUGGACCAGAAAUGCGUCCGCUCGCUAAACGGAUGUCGCGUCACCGACGAGAUCCUGCGACUCGUGCCCAACAUCGACAACUUCCGGUUGACUCUGCGCGCCAUCAAGCUGUGGGCCAAGCGUCACGGCAUCUACUCGAACACACUGGGCUACCUCGGUGGCGUCUCCUGGGCGAUGCUGGUCGCCCGCACUUGCCAACUAUACCCCAAUGCUCUCCCAGCCACGUUGCUGCACAAGUUCUUCCUGGUCUUCAGCCAGUGGAAGUGGCCGCAGCCGGUGCUGCUGAAGCAACCUGACAGUGUCAACCUGGGCUUCCCGGUGUGGGAUCCAAGGGUAAACGUCUCAGACCGGUUCCACCUAAUGCCAAUCAUCACCCCCGCCUACCCGCAACAGAACUCCACCUUCAACGUGUCUGCCUCGACGAGAACAGUCAUCAUGGAGGAAUUCAGACUGGGCCUGGCAAUAACAGACGAGAUAAUGCUCUCAAAAUGCGGUUGGGAGCGUCUCUUCGAAGCUCCCAACUUCUUCGCGCGCUACAAGCACUUCAUAGUGCUGCUCGCUUCUUCAGCCAACAAGGAUGACCAGCUGCAGUGGUGCGGGCUGGUGGAGAGUCGGGUCAGGCAUCUCAUCACAACUUUGGAAAGAAACCAACACAUAACCAUCGCCCACGUCAACCCAGAGUGUUACAAUUCAGUGCCGCUGAAUAUCAACAACGGGCAACCUCUCGCCUUGCCGCCUGGUGCUCCAGUCCCAGAUCCUGGUACUGAAGUGAAAAAGAAUGAAAAUGGUGAAGUACUAGCGAACCACUGUUCCAUGUGGUUCAUCGGACUCGUGUUUGAGAAGACCAACCUCAACGUAGACCUCACGUACGACAUAUCCACGUUCACGAAGAGCGUGCAUUACCAAGCGGAGAACACUAAUAUGCUGAGAGAAGGCAUGGCUAUUGAGGUGCGGCACGUGCGACGCAAGCAACUCCACCAAUACCUCUCAGCGUCGUUACUGGUGAAGCGUGAGCGGACAGCGUCAGGAACUAAACGCAAGCCCGACGCGCAGCCCGUCAAGCCCGCCCCUAAGAAAACUAAGAGAUUAUCUGAGAGUAGUACGGACGAAGUCAGCAUCUUGUCCUACAACGACGACUCCAACUCGUCCAACGUGUACGAGCUCAACUCCGCGCCCGCGCCGCCCGCCUCCACCCCCGCGGCCGCCGAGCCCGCGGCGGCCGCGGCCGGGCCCAGCAUCGCCUGCACGUAGCAGUACGAGGAGUGGCGCCGCCGGUUCAUCUACGGCGGGCACGUCCAACCCGCCCGGCCCCGCCGCAGGGCCCCGCUGUGAAGUGGCUACAGUGCAGUGCAGUGCUAACUGGUGUUAUGUGACCGACUGCUCUAAAUACUAUUUCGCGCAUUUUUUUGUCUCGACAUACGUGCUCCUCGCGUGGCCCGGGCUCCGCUGAGCUCCUCCGUGUAGCAUUCGAUGCGUUAAAUAUGGUGUUAUCAUCAUAAUGAUCCAAUGUGACGCGUAACGAUUUACGCUGUUAUGCCUCAAUUUAUGACUCCCGGUGGUUCAUAUCCACCUCUGUCCGCCAUCGGUUGCGCAGGCGUGAGAACUACCCUUCUUUGUACCCGCCCGCGUCAGAACGAGGGUAAUUAAGUCUAAUUAUCACCAAAUUGAUUGUUGGUCGGGUAAGUAUAAUAUCCUAAGACUUGACGCCCCACAGAUCUAACAAUACAGAACCAUAUAAUUGCCAGCUAGACAUAGCUACACUGCUAUAUUGGGUUGUGCCGACCUCACUCACACAGAUAAACGGUAACACACUACUUCCACUUACCUAUAGUGUUAUUACUUCUUCAAAUUUUUAAAACAGGCAGUGUUUGCCUUACACUGAGAUUAUCUAAGGGCCGACUUUCCUCUUUAAGUGGAUUUUUUUAUGAACUCAAUUGACAAUUGAUUAAUUUCAACCUUCAUAUCUAAAGCGUCGCAUGACCCAAGUUAGCACUAAUAUGAACAAUGGUUAGACUUUCGCGUCGAAUCGUGAGUGACUUGUGAUGAUAGUGAUAAGGUUUGUUUGGCGUGAUUUCGACGUCGGCUACAUUUUGAGGGUAAGUUACUUGACUUUUUUACAGAAUUACUGUUUAUUACAUAAGUGAAUCAACUUUUUCUUGUCACUCGUUGGUAUGGCUACGUUCCCCUAGGCAACUUAGAAAACCCAAAGUGUGUGGUAUUAAUUUUACCAAAGUUACGAUUUUGUGGUAGUUUUCAGCCGUUUCUAUAAUGGACCUUCUAUUAAGCAUGUUAGCACACAACAUUUCUUCUAAGUAACUGUGCUACUAUUAAAGUGUAAUUCUAUGGAACUUGCUAACUAUGUAAACAAAAGUCACUAAUAAAUUCGUCAUUCUUUGACAAUUUCAAUAUGGCGGUUUGAUUACAUACUUACAUAGUUAGCAAGUUCCAUAGAAUGACACUUUACUACUAUUAUCCCCUGCUGACAAUGGGAUAAAAUAACGACGAGAAAAAGUUGAUCCACCUAUGUGUAACAAUUAAGAAAUUAAGCUUAUUUCAAAGAAACUUACGGUAAUAUGUUAAUUAAGUAUUACAAGAGUCGUAAGAUUCACGAAAUGUUUGAUUGUAAGAUUGUUACAUAAACGGUAACUGUGGAAUAAAACUGAUUUUGAGUGCAGAUAAACGCACUAAUCUAUGACGUGUCCUAAACUUUUUAAAUUAUUGUCAUAAUUAAAAGUCCAUCUAUAUCGCACUUAAUGAUACUAUUAACAGUUUCGUUUCUUAUUUUGUGAAAUUGGUAUAGUAUUGUAUUAACAUUUUACCACUGAGGAACAAAUGCGAAAGAAAACAACUGUUACAAGUGGUAACAGUUGGAAAUAACCCCUUGACCGCUAAAGAACUUCGUGCAUUCCGUCAAUGUUCACGAUACACACGAUAGGCGCGGCGUUAAAAGGGUUGAUAACAUAUGUGCAGAUGGAUUUUUCAUUAUUGACCACGACUUGUUGCACAGCCGAUAUAUAUUUUUUUAAAGCGGCAACAUUUCAAUACGGGAGAUCAGAGAAAUACUCCCAAAUAAAGGUUUAUCCCCAAUAAUUAUUAUUGUAAGUGUGCAAGCAAGUAGAAUUUUUAUUUAGAGAUGACGAAAGAUGUUUAUGGGGAUAUAAAUGUUAAUAUCCCAAGCAUUUUGUAAUUGAUGCAAUCACUACCUAAAGUGUCAUUCUAUGGAACUUGCUAACUAUGUAAAUAAAACCGCCAUAUUGAAAUUGUCAAAGAAUGAUGAAUUUACUAGUGACUUUUGUUUACAUAGUUAGCAAGUUCCAUACAUAUGAUACUUUAUACUCUGUAUCUUUAGGUAUUUAAAUAAAAGUAAACAAAAUCUACCCUCAAAUGGCUCCUUAAGCCAGUUGAGGGUAGAUGAAAACAUUACAUGAUCAAAUAAUGUAGAUUAAAGUCAGGUCGUUCAGUGACUGAUCCAGGCGGUUUUGUAUUUGGUCGGUUAAAUAAAUGUUAUAACUACCCGAAAAUUUAAAAAUUGUUUGUUUACUUUUAUUUAAAUACCUAAAGAUACAGACUAUAGGCACACCACUGGAUUUAAAGUAGGUUUGAAUAUUAUGUAUUAGAUUUAAAAGAAUUUUUAUCGAAACGCGAGAAAA